AUGAGCGCCAACAACUGCAGUCUUCAUACCAAACAGCCUCGCAAAACUCCUUCGCGGAUUUUCUCUAUCCUCUGCCCUAGACAGCUUUUACUUGUCGAGAGCAUUGGUCUCAAACUCUCAAGUUGCAGAGCAGAUGAAAGCAAUGGAAAUAGAAGCCGCGCUCUCCUCGGAAGAACCCUCCCUCUCAAAUCCAUCUCCUCAAAAGCCUCUAGAAAUCAGAACCCUUUCGUUGUCUCUUACCUCAUCAGCUCAUGUGGGCUCUCACCCACAGCUGCCAUCUCUGCAUCUAAGAAGGUUGGUUUUGAAUCCUCUGAUAGACCAGACUCGGUUCUUACCCUUUUCAGAAACCAUGGAUUCACCGACGCCCAAAUUUCCAGUCUAAUUGGAAAGUGCCCACCAUUGCUCUUGUCCAGUCCUACAAAGACCCUUCGGCCUAAACUUGAGUUCUUCCAUUCGUUUGGCCUUUCGAGCCCUAACAUUGCCAAAAUCCUCUGCAGGGACUCAGGGGUCUUGCUCUAUAGCUUAGAAAACAAAAUCAUCCCGGCUUUCAAUUUCUUUAAAAGUUUAGUUGGGAGUGUGGAGAAUGUUGUUCUUGUUCUAAAACGUUACCCUCGUCUCAUCAAAGGCGAUAUACAGAAUGUGGCUCGAAAUAUUGCACUCUUGAGAGAAAAUGGAGUACUGGAGUCUAAUAUGGUGAGUUUACUAAUUUACUUUCCCAGCACGAUGGCACCUAAAAAUGAUCGGUUGAAAGAGAUAGUUGAGGAGAUUAAGCAUAUGGGUAUUGAUCCUUCAAAACACUCUUUUAUUAUUGCUCUCUUUGGGGUUACAUCAAUGAGCAAAUCAACAUGGAAGAAGAAAUUGGAGGUUUAUCGAAAGUGGGGUUUUUCUGAGAAUGAGAUUCUCAUGGCAUUUAGGAGGCACCCUUGGUUUAUGAAACUGUCUCAGAAGAAGAUAAUGAGCCAUAUGGAUUUCUUUGUUAACAAAAUGGGUUGGGAACAAGCUGUUAUCAUCUCGUACCCACAUCUUCUUGGGUAUAGCUUGGAGAAGAGGAUUCUUCCAAGGUGUUCAGUUUUACGAGUAUUGAUAUUGAAAGGUCUGGUGAAGGAAGAUCUUAAAAUGGCACAUCUGUUGACAAAAAGUGAGAAGAAAUUCUUGGAGAACUUUGUGACCAAAUAUGAGAAAGAAGUUCCUCAUCUCUUGGAUUUAUACAAAGGAAAUAUUAGUCUGCUAGGACUAGGAUAUGGAACUGAGGAAGUGUGGAAAGAACCUAUUGCAAAAUGA